AUGUCCCAGCCAUUUGCACCCCAGCACGACCUGUACAACGCCAACGCCAUCAACAAUGUUAUGUUCGAUCCGAGCUACCCGCCUGCGGACUCGUGGAACAGCUUCGCGAUGGGAGGAGGGCACGGCGACGAUCAGGAGCUUGACGCUGGCGCUUUCUGGCAGCCUCAGGGGGCCCAGGCAGGCCCUGCUAUCGACGAUCCAUCGGAAAGCCUUCGACGGCUAGCUGCCGAGCAACCCGCCCCCGGCCCUAUCCUUCUCAUGACUCCUCCGACAACCACGCAAUCGAGCCCCCCACCUCCCGAAACACCCCCCGGUCUCUCCCUGAACCAUCACGUAGAGAACACGCCAGCCCCAAGUGAGGAACCUCGCGAUCGAGCAAGGCCCGAGCUUUCCGACAGCGACGAUGAUGAGUUCAGCAUCGACGACGACUCCGACGAGGUCUACGAAAGUGCGCUCGACGAGGCGAUCAAGAAGCUCAAGACGCUCGGCGACCCGGUGGACAAAGACGAGCCCGGCAAGCGGUCUCGUGUCGUUAUCGGUCGCAAGGAUAUCAUCGUUGCGACGUACGGAAAGAAGCAGGAGAGGUGGCGGGAUACGUGGCGCGUCGUCCGCAGCCUCAAGUGCUUCGAGGGCGCGUCGCUGGCUGUCUUCCAUCGUCGUAUGGAAGAGAUCAUCAAGGCGAAGGAUGACUUCGAUUCGGCGCCUGCGUGGCUACGCAAACUCGGGGACGGCAUAUACAUCGACGUAGGAUCCCAGAUCGAGAACAUCAAGGGCGAAGAGCAACGGCUUCGCAAUGCCAGUGACGAGGAGAAGGCGCGGCGCCUUAAGAAGCAGGAAGAAGACGAGGUGGGCGGCGAUGCCAUCCGGCGCCAGUCAAUGCGUCGCCGCAAGCGCGCUGCUUCAGACGAUGAUGGGGAUACGUCGGACGGGGAGAACCGGCCUCCGAAGAAGAGGUCUCGCCAGAGCGCGCGCGACAUCACUGACGAGCUGGUGACGAUGAACGAUCUCGCCAAGCAGGUGGUUGAAGUCACGCUGCAAGCCUCGGAGAAGUACGACAAGGCGGUUGACCGCCUCAUCACUGUCCUUGGCCCGCACCGCCCGGAGAACGCCUUGAUUCCCGCCCUUCUCAACCCUCUCAACAUCGCCGUACGGCGCCAAUUGCCUCCCUCCGCUGUCUUUGCUAGAGCUUCUUGCAUUCGCGCCAGUCUCCACAAGGAUGUACGGCUCAUGCCGAUACCAGCGCAUUCGGUUCUGCGCGCAGCCAUCGACGUAGGAUCCACGGUCAAGUACGGGAAUCAGGAAGUGGGCAGGUCUUUGACAUGGCUCUUAGGCACCCUCUGGUAUCGCUUGCGGGAGCGCGUCGCCCAGCUCUUCGCGCGACCCAUUCCACAGAAGCGGCGUAGUCGAUUUGGAUAUGACCAAUCAGACAAGUGCACGAUUGCUGAUGUGCGGCGAUCGGGGUGCCCCAUGCGUUCUUUCGGGUUGAAGGGACCAAUGGAUGAGACGGACCUGGAGAUGCUCAUUCAGUGCUUCGAGCGUAUGGAGGGUCUUCGAGAGCUAAUCCUGGAGGACGACCAUAUCCCUUUCGACAGCGUUCCUUGCAUGGAGGAGGUUCUAAUCCGCCUUGUAUGCGCUGAGGACGAGCCGCCGCUCCUGCCGGAUCUCUCAUCGCUCUCGCUGAAAUUCUUGGGCAAUAAAAGACCCCUUCCAACCCCUAUCGUGGCUCCUCUGGGUCUGAUGCGGUGGUCUCGCAGGGAGCCUCGGAUAUGCGCUGGACGUGCUGUGGUUGCUUUGGAAAAAUUUACGACCAACGCGGACACUUCUCCAGAUACGCUGAGCAUGUAGAGCGAGUUUGGUAUCACGGUAUGGACUCAGACGACAUUACAUACGAUCAUUGUAUCGAAGCAUGUAGCAACUUGGUUAACGACGAACAAGUACACGGUAGAUUGAAUUAUCAUGCCGUCUCUUCACACGAGGAACAAAGCGAAGUUUGUUGAGUGCGAUAGACCUCUCAGUAGACCGCGCCCUGCGUCGACUUGAUAAGGUCCACCGCCUCUGAGCUCCGAGGAACGAAGCGGCACUUGUACUGCAUCGGCUGCCUAUAAGUGAAAGGAGGGAGAAUCAGUCCAGCUUCAUCAAUCUUGUCCUCAACGAAGACACAGGCAUUC